AUAUAUAAGGAGGGCCCUUCCGUCUGUCUUCUCCAGCUCACUUCUCCUUCUCGAGCUCACCCUCAAACAGUGGUACUGGCUACCCUGCUUUUUGACGACCCACAUUCCUUGCACCUCACGCUCUUCGACGACAAACCCAGCAUCCCGCGAUGCGCUUCUCCACCAUCCUCGCAGUCUUGUUCGCCGCCGCCCCGGCACUGGCGCUGCCCACGGACGCAUUUUCCAGGCGCACCGUCGACUCAGACUCGUCCGAGAUCUACGCCCGCGACCCGCCCCGGCCCCGCCCCGGCUACCCCAGGCCUGUACCUCCGCCGAAGCCCAUGCCCACCGGUCCCCCGCCCCCGCCCCCACCUAGCCACGGUGGCCGCCGCACCAGGCGUAGCCUCGACGAGCUCGUCGACGCGCUGCUCGCGCGCGAGGACGAGGGGGACCUCUGGGCGCGCGACCCGUCGACGUCCCAGCCCAGUCCCCGGUAUGACAACCCAUACUACACGCCGCCGCCUCCGCCGAUCAGCACCUCCAGGAAAGCCAGACUUUGGGCCCUUCACGCUCAGUGAGGCUGACAGUGCGACCCUGUACA